UUCAAAGUUGAGUCUCCGUUUAUUAUAGCCCUUUUUCCCCCCACCAGGGAGAUAUAACAUUAAAUAAAUAAAAAGCCACACACAACUGUUUUAUCUUAUUUUUAUCAAUUUUCUUACUUGGGUCAUCGGAAAAUCAAGAAUCCGGUAACCCCUAGUAGUAGAGGAAAAAAAAAAAACAAUCAUUUUGUAUACAUAUAGAAUUCUUUCCUGUCGCCGGGAAAUAAACAAAAGGUGAUGAAAAAAUGGCAAAGGGUCGGAAACUGACCACUAGUCGUAGUGAUAUGUUAUUAGGAAACUACACCUACAUAAAUGGAAGUCAAACAGUCAACGGUUCGUCAGAAUUAGGAGAAGAUGAUAUCUGGUCAACAGUUGAUGACAUGGUCAACAUGGAUGAUCAUGGUUCAAAGGACGAGUGGAGUCCACGCGCCACCCCAGUACCACACGCCGACAAUUACAGCCGCCGCAGCAGCAGCCGCCACGUGGGUGGGUUGUCAUUGGCUUUCGAUGAUUCAGGUAAAACAGCAUCUCCUCGGAUCUUGCACCAGUUUAGAGGACAAGACGCGCCAUCCCCACGUGUGCGUCACAUGGCCACGUCAGCACCUGUGAAUGUCCCUGAUUGGUCCAAGAUAUACCGAGUUAACUCGGUCGAGUCGUUGCAUGACUCGGACGAUGGAGUGGACGAUCCCGACUCGGAGAUGGUCCCGCCUCACGAAUAUCUUGCCCGUAGCCGGAACUCCAACGCUCACUCGGUGUUUGAAGGCGUUGGACGAACGCUAAAAGGUCGGGAUUUGAGUCGAGUUCGAGAUGCUGUUUGGAGCCAGACUGGGUUCGAUGGUUGAGUUCAUCAAUGAAUUUAACUAUUUAGUAGGUUAAAAGAUUUUAUUGCUAUUAGUAGCUGUUUGGAGAAUUAAAGAAGCAAUUGAUGGUAAUCAUUUAUUUGCUAGAUAAAAUUUUGGUCUUGGGCAAUGAUUGAGGUUGAAAUGAAUACGAACUCAGUGAGUCAACCAGCUCCUUUUGAGUCCAA